AUGGCUCCAAACCAGUCCCAGAACAUCUACUAUGAUUAUUUGUACACAAUAAAUCCAAUUGCGGAACGCAUACGCAAGGAUGUUGACGCUACCAAGGAUGCAUAUCAAUCUUUAUGGCUUGAGCUAACUGUUGACGAACAAAACAAAAUACUGGAAGAAUCAAUUAUCAGUCCAGAAACUGUAUUGAAAUAUUCAAAAUACAAAAAAUCAGAUAAAACAAUUUCUGAAGGUGGAUUUUCUUGGUUUACAAGAAGUCAGUUGGAUCUGUGCAAACAUAUUGAUAGUGUCCGAGAGAACUUCACUGCAAAUGAAUGUAAAACAACAGUUGUGAAACGAAUAGUAACCAAAGAACCCCAAGACAACAAACUCAUCAGUAAAAUAAAAUCUAAUGCUCUGUUCAAAUCACUAAUGCCAACUGAAGACAAAAACAAAGCUGUGAAAAGUGAUAGAACAAAGCCUAAAUGCCCUCCUCCGCCACCACCGCCAUCGCAAGUCAUAAAUCCUAAGCAAACAAUUCAAGAUCCAACGUAUAAUAUUCUUAAUGAUGAUGACGAUGACGAUGAUAUUCCAAAGACAGGAUUUGAUUUUUUAGAUAAUUGGUAA